UUUGAAUAUUAUUGGCAUUAUUUUGGUGUAAGGACAAUUUGAAUGGAAAAAAUAAAAUCACUGCAAAGAUAGCCGGGCGAUAAGGAUGUGGCCAGGAUUUGAUCGGUGUAGUUCGCGCGGAACCGAUAUUAAUCCAAAUCAAAAUACAAGUACCAGCCAACAAGAAACACUGCCAGUUGAAGUGGAACAUAUUUCAACGAUAGCCGGUUCUUUUGUUUCUAUUGGAACUCUUUCACAGUGCGGAAAUGAUGGAGUUUACGAUACAGACCAUACAGAUCUCAAUUCGGAAUUCGACGAAGCAGAAUUACGAAGAGAACUUUUACGAGACAAAUGGAAGCUUCUCUUUGAUAUGUUUGAUCCCGAAGGAUUUGGUGAAAUUCCCGUUGAUGAUUUCGUAGCAGCACUAAAAUCACCCGAAUUUUUAUCACAAGUGCCUAUGAAUAAACGUGAGCUUUUGUAUGAGAGAGCGGUUAAAGUAAAAGUACCUAAUGGCCCUGGUUACGUCACUUUUCAGGAUUUUGUCAAUGUGAUGAGUGGUAAACGCAGUCGUAGCUUUAAAUGUGCUGUCCAUCAACGUGAUCGUGAAAUUUGUUCGGAAAAUGAUUUUCAUCUAAUACUGGAGGAGCCACCAUUUUUCAAAAAAAUGGUUCAUGUCAUUGCUAUGGAAGUGCUGCCCGAUGAACGUGAUCGAAAAUUCUAUGCUGAUAAAUAUUCCUGCUGCCCGCCACCUUUAUUCAUAAUUUUAAUGACAUUUCUUGAGUUGGGCUUUUUCGCCUACAACACAAUGACGUCCGGACCAGCGGAACCAGCCGGUCCAAUACCCAUUGAUUCGAUGUUCAUUUACCGUCCAGAUAAACGCCACGAGGUAUGGCGGUUCAUUUUCUACAUGGUCCUUCACGCCGGAUGGUUCCACCUCGGCUUCAAUCUCUGCAUCCAACUAAUUUUCGGUCUACCUUUGGAAAUGGUCCAUGGAUCUGGACGCAUAGCUUGUAUAUACUUUGCCGGUGUUUUAGCCGGAUCGUUAGGCACCAGUAUCUUUGACCCCGAAGUGUAUCUGGUGGGGGCUAGUGGCGGGGUGUACGCAUUAUUGGCCGCACAUCUUGCCAACGUCAUGUUGAACUACCACAGCAUGCAGUAUGGCAUCCUCCGGUUGGCAGCGAUUUUCAUCUUUGCAUCCUGUGAUGUUGGCUUCGCCAUUUAUGCCCGAUAUGCUGUGGAAUCAUCGUUCAGUCCAUCAGUGUCUUAUGUUGCCCAUUUAACUGGAGCCCUGGCCGGCUUGACUAUCGGUUUUUUGGUGUUGAAAAAUUUCGAACAAAAGCUCCACGAACAGCUGCUGUGGUGGAUUGCUUUGGGGGCGUAUGCGGCGUGUACAAUAUUCGCGGUAAUUUUUAACAUCAUGAACACGGUGGCUAUGCAGCAGUUGAAAGUCGAACAGAUUUUACCCAGGGAACCACUCUAUUAUGAGUUUGGCAUAUGAAGGCUGCUUACACAAACACAUAAUAUGUGUGCGAAUAUGUCGUUAAAAUAAAUCAAGGAUUUUCCGGGUUUUAGAGGUCCUUUGUGUGUGUUGCUGGUGUAUUUAAAUUGUGGGAACAAAGGAAAUCCUUGUUGAAUUUUUUUUGAAUUAUUUUUUAUUUGUUAUUUGUUAACAGUUUUUUUUUUGUUAUUUUUCUUAAUUUUAAGUUUAAAUUAAAUAAAUUUUUUUUGUUUAAUUUAUUUGUAAAUUAUAAAUAAAAAAUAGUCUUUAAGCUACCUCACAAUUUAUACAUAUUUUCUACUGUUUCUAGUGGAAUUCUUGAUGUAAAUACUAUAACCGUCCUAAGUCACUGAUGAAAAUGUGUGUGUUUCGAAAUUACUUAAUUAUUUUUUAAUUAAAAAAAAAAAAAAUAACAAAGAUUUGAGUUUACUAUAAUAGAAAUUUAUAAAAAAAAUGUAUUCAAUUUAAUAUUUUGGUAAAUCCGGGAACGCCAAUUUCUUGUUGUUUUUUUUUCGUUUCGAAACAUAAAAUGUUCCAUCAGUGUUAUCAGUCCAAAAAACUUUUUUUCUUUUUUGAAAACAAAUGAUUUGUAAAUACUUAAGAAAGCCUACAAUCCCAGGAAAAAAAUAAAGUCCACAUAAUUAUAUACGUAACUUACUAUCUACUCAAUACUCGCUUUUAUUUUAGGCUUAAAAUUUAAAAAAGAAUUUGUUUUUUUUUGCUAUUUAUUGUCAAAUUUUGGUUAGAAAAAAUUAAUAAAAUAAUUUUGGUUACAUAUUUUUUCUUUUUUCUCAAAGACUGAUUCGUUUUUUAUUUUUUUUUUUUUUAAAUAACUGUGCAAUAAAUAAAAAUAAUAUUUUCUUGUAAAUACAUAUAUACAC